AUGGCAGAAAAAGUUGCUACCAAGCCAGCAAUUAAAAAGACAGCUACAAAAACCAUGGCGAAAAAAGUGCCUAGUGUAAAGCCAACAGCAAAAACAACCACACCAGCUGAUGCCACCGCCACCGCUACUAGUACAAAUGCUGAAAAGCCCAAAUUAACUCAAGGACAGAAAUUGCUCAAAGCCAUGACAGCACAAAAAGCUGCCAAGAAGGCUCUCAUGAAGGGUGUUGCAGUGACUCAUGUAUCCUUUGAUGAUGACGGUAAUGAAGCCAAUGUCGAGACAGUGAUUCAAAAGACGGCACCGCCUGCCAAAGUGGUGAACCCCAAAAAGACAAAUAAGAACAGACCUGCCGUAAAGAAGCCUGAACCCAUUAAGAACAAGAAACGUAGUGCCGAUGAGAUGGAAGACGAUGCAAACAAAGAAAAGAAAGAGGAAGAAGACAAGAAGGAUAAUAAAAAGCCACCCAAGAAGGCCAAGAAGGCCAAGAAGAGCAAGCUUGAAAUCGAAGAAAUGAAAAAGGACAACAAGCAGGAGGAGGCGCUCGCCUAUGUUCGCCUGUUUGUCAAUGACCGUGAUUCAUGGAAGUUUAAAAAGGUGCAACAAAUCUGGUUGCUCUCAAACUUGUAUGAAAUUCCUGAGGAUGAAUUUGACAAUGUGUUGGAAUAUUUGAAGGAUCUUCAGGGUUCAGCUCGUGAGAAAACCAAGCAGGAGGCCAAAGAUAAAAUCCCAGCGGAAGCAGCAUCUGCACCAGCUGCUGUCAGCAAUACGCUGACAGGAUAUGCAAAUGUGAAUGCCGGAAAUGACGACGAUGAUUUUGACGCAGAAAAGCUAUUAGCACAAGCAACUGCAGCACCUGUUGUUCAGCAAGAAGUGGCCAAUGACGAAGAAAAGGAAGAAGAGGAAGAGGAGUCUGAUGAAGUCAAGAGAGCAAGAUUAAUCGUAAAAACGCUUUCAUAA